AUGUCACAAUCUAGCGCAAUUGACGACGCUGCAGAGCACAACUACCGCCUGAGCCACAUUCUUCGCGGCCACACUCAGGAUGUAAAGGCAGUGACAGCCGCCUACGAUAGCCUGUCCGAGUCCGAGCUCAUUCUCUCGGCUUCUCGAGACGAGACGGCCGCCUGUUGGUCUCGCCCCCUGGCCUCUCCGGCUGCCGAUGCCUUCCUACAGGGCCCCACAUAUCGCGGACACAGAUACGCCAAUGCCGUAGCCUACAUCCAGCCCAGCGCUGCCCUUCCUCGAGGCCAGGUGCUGCUCGGCUCGCUCGACUCCCAGAUCCGCUGCUUUGAUCCGCUGCGCUCCGGCAAGCCCGUACAGGUCCUCUCGGAACACUGGGACAACAUCUCGGUCCUCGCCGUCGCACCUCCGCCAACGCCGAAUGAUCGCAACCGCGCGGCCGAGUCGAGCCCCUCGGCUGCAGCGGUGCCACCCUGCUUCAUCUCGGGAUCAUGGGACAAGAGCGCCAGGGUGUGGUCCUACUCUCCGCCGCCGCGCAGCGAUUCGCCCGCAGAAUGGCACUGUGUCCAAGUGCUCCGCUCCCACGAGCAGGCCGUCUGGGGCGUCGCCAUCGUCCAGUCGCCGUCGCCCGUCGAGCCGACAGAGGCAGCGAGCCGGAACGACGUCGAUUACGUGCAGGGCGGGCUGUACCUCACCGCAUCCGCCGAUCUCUUUGUGCGGCUCUUUGUGGGCGAUCGCCUCCACGCCGUCUAUGCCGGGCACACCGACGUGGUCCGGUCCAUUGUCCUGCUGCCCGCUGCGUCCCAGGUUGCCGAUGGUACUCAGCGAAAGACGGAGCGUGUGCAGGAGCAACAGUCGGACGGGGGGCAGCAAGCGCCACCGACCGACUUCUUUCCGGGCGAGCGCCUCUUUGCGACGGCGUCCAACGACGGGACGGUGCGCGUGUGGUCGCUCGAUUCCCGGCGCAGCCCGACGAGCGGCAACGGCGGCGAGGCGCUGCGCAAGCUCGUCGGGCACACCAGCCUCGUGUACGACCUCGCAGUCGUCCCGUCUCUGUUGUCGCCAUCGCCAUCGCCAUCGUCAUCGUCAUCGCCAUUGUCGUCGCCGCCCGCCAAUUCCACGCACCUCGUGUCUUCAGGCGAGGAUGGCACCGUUCGCGUGUGGGACUGGUCCACCGAACAGCUGACUGCGACGAUACCGCAACCCGCCAUUUCAGUCUGGUCGGUCGCGGUCUUGCCGACUUCGGGCGACAUCGUCGCCGGGCUCAGCGAUGGUACGGUGCGCGUCUAUACGGCUCGAUCGCACGGAACGGCGGGAUCGGCAAAGGCAGGCGAGCCGGGCGGCGCAGUGAGCGUGCCAGAGCAAGAGGAGCACGAUGCGCUCGUCGACGGCGUGGUCAAGCAGUUGCAAGAGCGGACGAAAUCGGCAGAACAGCAGGAAUUCGUGGGCUGCGCGGAGACGCAGACCCAAGCGCAGCCACCGCCCGGAAAGGAGCUUUUCGAGUCUCGGUGGUACGAUGCGGUGCUGCAGAUCGACGUGUCGGACGAUAGCGAGCCCUUGCCGCUUCCGAUCAACAUUGGCGACGACCGCCGUGCCGUGGCUCAACGCUUCGUCGAGCGGCACGAUCUGCCGCGCAGCUACGUCGAAGAGAUUGUCAAAUUCAUCGCUCUCGUCCUACCCGCCACGUGCCAGCGCGCGAACAAGUUGAUGCGGCAGGAACGUCUGUCACCGCCGCUGCUGCUGCAGCUGAAGAUGCGGUAA